AUGCAUAGACUUAUAGAUAUUACUAUACUUUUAGCAAAGACGGGAAAGCCAUUUAGGGGACAUAAAGAAAGGGAAGAGGAUAGCAAUAGAGGAAUGUUUUUAGAGAUUGCAUGUUUAUUAAAAAAGUAUGAUCCAACAUUAAAAAAACAUUUAGAAGAAGGACCACAAAAUGAAACCUUUAUGAGUAAUCUCAUUCAAAAUGAUUUAAUUAGUUCUCUACAUUCUGUUCUUAAAAGACAAUUAGUAUUGUCUUUAAAAAACAAGAAAAUAUCCAUUAUGGCAGAUGAAACAAGCGACUGCGGUCAUCAUGAGCAGAUAUCAGUUAUAGUCAGAUUUUAUGACGAAUCACUAAAUAAACCGGUUGAAUAUUUUGUCUGUAUGCAACGUCUUAUAGCUGUAGAUGCACAAUCUAUUUUUAAUUCACUGGAUGGGAUUGUAGUAAACCAAUUAGGUCUGAGCUGGUUAGAUAUUAUAGCCGUGUGCUUUGAUGGAGCAUCUACCAUGGCAGGAAAUAUGAAUGGUGUUCAAGCUAAAUGCAAAGAAAAAAAGGCUAAAAUAUUUUAUGUCCAUUGCCAUGCCCACUGUUUGAACCUGAGGUUUAAUUUUGCAAAAUUAAAAACUUUUGAUUUUAUAUUUGCUUUAAAUAUGCUUCAUCCUAUACUAUUAUUAAUUGUCAAAGUUAACUCGUGUUUACAAGCUGAAGAAUUAAAUCUAUUAACAUCUACAAAUUUGAUUCAAUCUUUAAAACAAAAAUUAUACCAGUUAAGAUCAGAUACUACAUUUUUUAAUGAUAUUUAUCGUGACACUGUGAAGCAUUGUGAAGAAAACAAUGUGGCGAUACCCGAAGUAAGAAAACGUAAAAUAUCUACAAAGAUUGAUUAUUCUGCAAACAAUCAAUACUUUGCUGACACGAAAGAAGAAGAAUUGAGAGUUUCAUGUUUUAAUGUUGUUCUAGAUGAUUUACUUAACGGCUUAAAUGAUCGCUUUAAUCAAGAAACUUUAAAUCUUAUCCUUGCCGUAGGAAAUGUUUUAAAGCUUGAACCAACUAAAGAAAAUCUUCUGUGCUUAGAAAAUGCUUUUGAAGUUGACUGUAACGAUUUAAAUGGGGAAAUUCAACUUCUACGAAAUAUACCUGGUGUUCCAUUAGCUUCCACUACAAAAACUAUAUUUCAUUGGAUUGAAUUUCUUAACCAAAAUAACCAAAAAAAUAUUUUUUUGGAAUUUCACAAAGUUAUUGUACUUUUUAGCACAAUACUUGUUACAAGUUGCUCUUGUGAGAGGGCAUUUUCGAAAUUAACAAUGGUCAAAUCGAAACUUCGCAGUACUAUGACUCAACAAAGACUGGAUUCAUUAAUGUUUUUAUUUAUUGAACAGCAAAUGACAAAUAAUAUAAACUAUGACGACGUAAUUGAAGAAUUUAAAGUCAUGACACCAUCAAAACGUCGUCUCGAGUUAUAA